AUGCUGGUAACUGAUACCAACUGUAACUGGGAGGCUGCCUUACUGUCUCAGAAAGCCUUAGCAAGUGUAAAAAGAUACGAUGAAAUAGACAAUGCUCCAGAAGAAAAGGCUCGUGGGAUUACCAUUAAUGUUGCACAUAUUGAAUAUGCCACUGAAAAUAGGCAUUAUGGGCACACUGACUGUCCUGGACAUGCUGACUAUAUUAAGAAUAUGAUUACAGGGACAUCUCAAAUGGAUGGCGCAAUAUUGGUGGUAGCUGCCACUGAUGGUGUGAUGCCCCAAACAAAGGAACAUUUACUCCUUGCCAAACAGAUUGGAAUUGAACAUAUUGUAGUUUUCAUUAAUAAGGUGAAAAGGCUGUAAAUGAGUUGAUGGAACUUGUUGACUCACACAUUCCUACACCUGAACGAGAACUGGAUAAGCCUUUCUGUAUGGCUGUUGAGGGUGUAUAUUCCAUAGCAGGACGUGGUACUGUGGUCACUGGAAGACUUGAACGAGGUCGAGUAAAAAAAGGAAUGGACUGCGAGUUCGUAGGUCAUAACAAGAAGUACAAGAGCACCAUUACUGGCAUUGAGAUGUUCCAUCAGACUCUAGAUGAAGCACAGGCUGGUGAUCAGCUUGGAGCCUUGGUCCGAGGGCUGAAGAGAGAUGAUGUGAAGAGAGGAAUGGUUAUGGCCAAACCAGGAACUGUACAGUCACAUGACAACGUAGAUGGGCAAGUUUACAUUUUAACUAAGGAAGAGGGAGGUCGUUCUAAACCAUUCGCUUCAUUUAUCCAAAUGCAGCUCUUCAGCAAAACCUGGGACCAAACAUCACAGGUUGUUCUAUAUGAUAAAGAGAUGGUUAUGCCUGGAGAAGAUGCUAGGCUUAAUUUACGUCUCUUUAAGCCAAUGGUGUUGGAGAAAGGCCAGCGAUUUACAUUGCGAGAUGGUUCAACAACAGUUGGAACAGGAGUAAUAACCAAGAUCAACACCGUUUUGUCUGAAGAUGAACGGCAAGCUUUGCAGGGGGGCAAGAAAAAGAGAGAAAAGUUGUUGGGUAAAGCUGCUGCUUAGGUGUUGAAAUUAGUGUUCAAGUAGUGAUCACAUUGGAAAAAUAAUGUAUAUCUACCAAAGCCUAGGUGAAGGUCAAUGAGACUUAAUGUCUUGUUUUGAGACAAAUCUGUGUUAUGAAAUAAAUCAUAUUUGCAAUAUGUUUUGUAAAAAUUGUAAGUAGUGAAAAAUUGUCCUGUGUGUUGUAAAAUCUCUUAAAGAAUUAAAUGUAUAGUUUCUUGGCCAGUGAACAAUUAUCUCUGCCAUGUUUUUGUUAUA